ACGGUCACACUUUUUUUAAUGACUUAUGAAACUUUGUAAAGCGGUUUCGAAUCUCUACCGCAUCGCCAUAAACGUAUUUACCGCAGUAAGGCUUACGUGCUUAAUACUUGCUAAUGGCGGCUAGCUAGCUAGCUAGACAGCUAGCUACGUCGCUAGCCGUUUUGCGAGAGAGGAGCGUAGUUGUCAACAGUUGAGCCGAGGCAGCUAACAUGCAAUGUUUUCACCGAGUUUGGAGGAAAACGACCUUUAAAAAAAACGUAUCUUACUAAAUGUUUCUUCUCCAGUGAGAAUUUUACUUAACGUUUCUACUCGUUCUAACGAAGCGAAGCCGUCUCAGCUUAUCGUUUCAAUCACCGUGUAACCUACACAAAUAAUCACCGGGCGAAUGUGUGCUUUUAUGUUCAACUAGAACAAUUGCUGGCACCUAAAGAAGCUCUUUCGUGUCACGAAAUGUUUAGCCGUAAUUAUUUACGAUGGACCGUUGACGUUAGGCAUAUAGUGAUGACUAUAUGUACAGUACUGUGUAUGAAUAUAUAAAUAAUGCUAGCAAUUUAACACCAACAGCAUCGUGAACAUCCAGAUGACUGCAGACAUCAAGCAUAUGGAUUAUCUAUAAAAGUAAUGUAGGCGUGAUGAUUUGAUGAGUCUAGAAAGGAAAUAAUGCAAGAUGGACAAUUCAGCGGGCUGCUCAUUGUCGGAGCCGGACGGCGCCGUGUCCCGACCCACAGCCCGCCCGCAGGCCUCCUCCAAGCACAGGGAGCGCCCGGCCGCCUCACCUAGGCGACGGCGGGAGGCGAAGAAGUCGCAGCGGCGGGGGGAUGGUCAGGAACAGCUGCUCCGGGAGUUGGAGCGGCGCAGGUUGCCGGGCCAACGCGAGCACUUGGAGCCGUCCGGCUCAGUGAGCGACGCAGCGGAAAGUUCACCUAAGAGGAGAGCUCACUUCCUUCAUGGACCUUAUCCAGCCACUCACUUUGGACCCAAAGCCUGUAUUCUUCCCAACCCCACUUCAGUCAUGCACAUACAGGACCCGGCCAGCCAGCGCCUCACCUGGAACAAACCUCCAGUCAACGUUCUCAUCAUCAGGAAAAUCCGAGACGACAGCCUGGUGGAGCCUUUCAAGGAGCUGUGCAGGUUUCUAGUGGAGGAGAAGCAGAUGAUGGUGUACGUGGAGCGCAGGGUGGCCGACGACGGAACGCUCUCCAAGGACGAGAACUUUGGCUCCAUCCGAAAUCAGCUGUGCACCUUCAGAGAGGGUUACGAUGACAUCUCUGACUGCAUCGACCUGAUCAUCUGUCUGGGUGGCGAUGGAACGCUGCUCUACGCCUCCUCACUCUUCCAGGCUAGCGUUCCUCCAGUGAUGGCGUUCCAUCUCGGCUCUCUGGGGUUCCUCACGCCCUUCAAGUUUGAGUCCUACAAGACGGAAGUGGACAAAGUGUUUGAAGGCAACGCCGCCAUCACGCUGCGUAGUCGCCUGAAGGUGAAGGUGGUGAAGGAGAUGUUUGAAAGGGCGGGCUCGCAGCAGCGGGAACACAACGGCGUGCUCCCUCACCGAUACGCCAGCAGCGAGGCGGGCAAGGUCACCCUGCAGCUCCAGGUGCUGAACGAGGUGGUGGUGGACCGCGGGCCGUCGUCCUACCUGUCCAACGUGGACUUGUACCUGGACGGACGUCUCAUCACCUCAGUGCAAGGAGACGGCGUCAUCGUGUCCACGCCCACGGGCAGCACGGCGUACGCGGCGGCGGCAGGGGCGUCCAUGAUCCACCCCAAUGUGCCAGCCAUCAUGGUGACCCCCAUCUGCCCCCACUCUCUGUCCUUCAGGCCCAUCGUGGUCCCUGCGGGGGUGGAGCUCACGAUCACCUUGUCCCCCGACGCCAGGAACACCGCCUGGGUGUCGUUUGACGGCAGAAAGAGACAAGAGAUCCAGCACGGAGACUGCAUCAAGAUCACCACAUCGUGCUACCCGGUGCCGUCCAUCUGCUGCCACGACCUGGUCUACGACUGGUUCGAGAGCCUGGCGCAGUGUUUGCACUGGAACGUGCGCAAGCGCCAGUCCCGCCUCGCCGAGACCUCCGACUCCUCGGACACGGAGAACUGAAACCAGUCGUGCCAUCAUCCCGCCUACUGAGCCAGACGCCAACCAUGUGUUUGUACCCUUCACAUUCCAAAUCAUGUUGUCAUGGCAACCUCCACGUGUAUAUACAUGUACAUACAUCGUAUGGAGUAUUUAUAGAUUUCAAAACAACGUUGUGUACAUGUGCUCGCUGUCACCGUGUUGGUUAGCAGCUUAGAAUAAAGCUGAAGCUCACGUUCUACCUUUUUAUUGCAGUAAGACACUUCCACACAUCCAAUACUUGUACUGAAAUAUACUCUUGAGUAUUGCAUGGGGGGACGCCCGUGUUGGACAACUAGAAGACAGAAGGAACGUUGACGUCUACAACUUUCACUGGUACGUAUUCCCACCCCCCCGUGUGACGAGCGGCAGCAGCACAAAGACGGAGAUAGAAGAUGGUAUCACUACGUUGUACAACAGCCAACAAAGCAGAGCGAGACGCCAGAAGAAACUAAACUACGAACCAGACAAAUGAUAUUAAAAACAAGUGUGGAAUAAAUUAAUACUAAACUCCCCCAGCUUCCUUAGCGGGACAUAAAGCAGUAAAGAUAACGUCAGUUGGCAAACAUGGUAUGCAGAAUUCAUUCUCUUCUCAAAUAGAAAUGAUUCAUACUUUGAAAAAGAAGCUAAAAGGAUGAUCCAAAACUUCCACUGUGCUCCUUGUCGGGACGCCAGACGUCACGGUCGUAGCGUUUGUGGCACCUUGAAACUCCACAGCUGCUCCAGCGCACACCCGUACCUGGCCCACCGCAGCCGCUCUUCUGCUCCCCAAACGCCCCCAAGUUGCUGUUUGAAAUGACACACUAAGUUUGGUCCCUGUGGUGCUUCCUGGGGGGGAUGCGAGGCCGUGAAAGAAAAAAAAAAAAAAAAAAAAGCGGUACGGGAGACUUCACCAUUCAGUCACAGUCCGUGUCGGACCUUGCGUGGAGACAUGAAUCAAACCAGGCCGCUUCAGGUCAACCGGAGACGAGCUCAAACACCAUCUUUUCAUUUUUCGGGGGCAGGAAGUCCAGUCUAAGACUUGAACGCACACGGCGGCAGCGUCUGGUGCUGUGAGGUGGAAGUUCAGUGGGAUCGGGAAGGAGGAAGAGAAAAGUGGAGAGAGUGACAGGAUGUUUAUGUUUCAGUGUCAAUGCCGUCCCCUCCUUUCUGCUGCUGCUGCUGCUGCUCCUCCUCCUCCUCCUCCUCCUCCUCCUCCUCCUCCUCCUCCUCCGUGUGCUGGUCCAGUUCCUCCCUGGUGAUCAUCUCAAAGUCGUUACCGUUGCUGUGCUGCGAGCCUUCGUCUUCCCUGCGGUCGCUGUCAGUGUCCGAGUGGCGUUCCGCUCCCUCCUCGCCGCUUUUGUGCUCCUCUAGCCCUGCCUCUUUGCCGUCCUCCUCUUCGUCCUCCUCCUCUUCCUCGUCCUUUUUCUCGCUGUCGGACUUGUCGUCGCUGUCUGAUUUCUGGGCCGCGUUGCUACCGCCGCCACCGCCGUCCUUACUGCCCUUCUUGGUGCCGCCCCGCGGGCCCUUGUACUCGUGGGUGUAGAGCGGGCAGAAGGAGUCGAUGAAGCCCACGUCGGCCGUCAGGUUGGGGAGGAACCAGAAGUGAUGGCGGCCGCCCGUCACCAGCCAGAUGAACAGGAAGAGGAUGCAGCGAGCUGAGGAAUGGAGCAAUCGUUCAGAAAUGUACCAACAUUUUUAUAUCUUGGUUACCCCUUCCAUAGUCACUCUUUUGGAGAGAAAGUGACAAUCUCAGAAACUUGGAUCAACGCUGACAAGGUCAUGGGUUUUGGGCUAGAAGGUUAUGACAUGAACUACGUCACCGGUGGAGGGGGAGUGGCCGUGUAUGGAGAUCAACAUCUGAACCACAAAGUGGUAAAGAACAUGUCAUUGCUCUUGAUAACAUUUUACAAUGCAAACAAUGCAUGGAGGACCGGAUCAAAGCAACAUUUACAGUAUUGGUCACAAAACUCUUUUUGUAUGCAAAGAUUUCAAUAUUGAAUUCAAAUAACAGAACAGAUGACUUUGUAGAUGCAACAGUUUAAGUGUUCAUGCUAACAUCAGCAGGCCAAGCAGCAGCAUCCACUGAUAAUAAAAAGGGAAAGGGACGAUAUCAGAACCUUCAACAAGAUCCCACACAGAGGAAAGUAUUAGCGCCUUUAAGAACGACGUAGAAAAACAGAUGGGAGUUGGCGUAUCAUGGGAACGAUACAGAUGAACUACUACCAUAAUCACUGUCCACUGAGGGAAGUAUCUAAUUAGCAAAAGAAGAGGAAUCGGCCGUGGAUGACGAAAGGAUUGCAAAAUUCUUGGAAGAAGAAAAACACAUUAUAUAGAAGAUUUAUCAUUCAAAACACUAAAGAAGCAGAAAAAACAUAAGAUAUUUAAAAGUAAGGAAGAAUAUGACAGUCAAUCAUUAGACAAGAAUAAACAUGGGGCAUUCUAAACGCUAUUAUCAGGAAUGGUGCUGAGAAAGCUGAUCCCCCUCACGAUUUCACAGAGGGAAAUGUUACAUAUGAUCAUAUCAACAAGGUAGCCAAAAGCCAAAAUAAUAAAAAGAGUGAUUCAUGAGAUGGCAGAACCGCUGUUGAACAUCAGUAAUUUAUCACUCCAGACUGGUCAAUUCCCUGACAAAAUGCAAACAGCUAAAGUAGUUCCAAUCUUUAAAAAAUGGAGACAAACAUCAGUUUACAAACUACUGACCAGUCAAAAUCAUUGAAAAGCUAUUCAACAAAAGGUUGCACAAAUGUCUCAAUAAGAAUGAAUUACUAGCGAACAGCCAAUACGCAUGCAGAACUAACAUGUCAACUUCCAUGCCACUAAUGGAAAUGACCAAUGCUGGAGACCACAGACAGCUGCAGUAUUUAUCCAUACACUUCAUCACAACAUCCUCAUUACUAAACUAGAAAGAUAUGGAAUCAGAGGAUUAGCUUGGAACUGGGUUACAAGCUACUAACGUGAAGCUAGGAGAAUAUACAUCUGCGAGCUUGAAGGCAUCGUGCGGCGUACCCCAAGGAUCAAUACUAGGACCAAAAGUGUUUCAUCUAUAUACACUGUUCAAAAAAUUCAAGGAACACUUGGAAAACACAUCAGAUCUAAACUGGGGGAAAAUGAUGUUGAAUAUGUUUCCUGAUAAUAAGUGGGUGAUGUAUUAGUAACAAAAUGAUGCCACAUCAUUUGAUAGAAAUGAAAAUGAUCACCCUAUAGAGGGGGGAAAUCAAAGACACCCCAAAAAUGAAAGUGAAAAAAUGAUGCAGCACACUGGUCCAUUUAGCUAAAAUGUCAUUGUAGCAACUCAAAAUGAUUCUCAGUAGUUUGUGUGGCCCCCACGUGCUUGUACGCAUGCCUGACAACGUGGGGGCAUGCUCCUAAUG